AUGCAAGACUUGAUAACGACUCUGAAUCUGCUUGCGGGUACCUUGUUCCUGGUCUGGAUAACGGCUCGGACAGUCGACGUCCGCAACGGCGGCGCAUCAGACAGACCGUAUUUCGAAUCCUCCACGGCCUACGACUGGGGGGCAUACGGGAUCCGUCCGCAACAGAUUUAUCAAACCUUCCCACAACGGUCGCCGAAGCCGAACCUUGUGCUGCAAAAAGAGUAUUGCGAUCCUGGCUUCGUCUUCCUCAACAAGCGAGCUGAUCAUCACGGAGACGCCCCUUUUAUGAUUUUCGAUAAUGGUGCCAACUUGGUUUGGAUGCCUGAAAGCCAAUGGCACGGCAUCAGUGCUACAGAUGUCACGGUACAGCAGUACAAUGGGCGUAACUACAUCGUAUUUUUGCAGCUAGAUUCCUCUUCAAAUCGUGGCGCUGAGCGCUACAUUCUGUUAGACGAGUCGUAUCAGGUCUUCAUGGAAGUUCGGCCCGUGGGACACUUCUCUGGCUCGCUGCGGGGACUUCGACUCACCGACAAUGGCAGCGCCAUCAUCAGCUAUACGAACCGUACCAGAAGCGACAUGACUCACAGUUCCUCUUUGACAGAGGAAAGAUAUGAGAGUACCUUCCAAGAAAUAGGUCUCGAGUCCGGAAUACUGCUUUUCCAAUGGCGUUCAGCGUCCACUGUGGCGUCUAUCAACAGUGUCGAUAAGAGCAGCAGCGGAGACUAUCUGGUAGCAGGAUCGUUCUCCGGAAAUAACGCGGUCGUUUGCGUCAGCCACAAGAACGGGCGUAUCCUUUGGCAACUCGGUGGCUCUGAAAGUAGUUUCAAAGACACAUCGGGCGGCGUUGCCGUUCGGUUUUCCGGAAGACACCAUGCAAAUUAUCUCGAAGACGACAAAAGACUCGUCAUCCUUGAUCACGGGGCGACUAAUUUCGUGAGGUCCACUAGCAACCUGCCUAACUCUCAAGUCCUGGAGGUUCACCUUGAUCUGGAGCGAAUGAUCGCCUCAGCAAGCAAGGCUUACCCGACCACAACGGACAUAUCAAGCCCUUCGUCCAUCCAGUUUCUACAUAGUAGGAAUACUCUACUUGGCUUUGGCGACAAAGCCUCUUUCAAAGAAGUGGCGGAGGGCGAUGCUGUCUGCGAGAUCCAUUUUGCCCCCCGCAAGAUGCAAACGUUGCAUCAGAUUCCUGGUGUGGCAGCUCUCACUGAGAGACAACACUACCAAAUUUCCAAGUAUAAAUGGGUCGGCAAGCCAAACACUCUACCUCAAGUCGCGGUUGAUCCCGAAGAAAAGGCACUUUAUGUAAGUUGGAAUGGCGCCACGACCAUUGACGCCUGGGUCCUCCAAAGCGGACGCAAAGGAGACAGCGACACUUGGUUCGACCUUGUUCGGGUGCCAAAGAAACAAUUUGAGACCAAGAUUCCUAUUCCCCGCCACUCGGAAGAUAUCCUUCGCGUCGUGGCGCUGGACCACGAAUGGAAAGUAGCAGCAUACUCCAGGACUGUGUCGAAGCAUACAAAGACUACUCUGGCAUCUCACAGACCCGAACGAAUUCCCUCAUGGGUGGUCACAAGUUUGAGUGUGGGGUUUUUUGGCGUCUACGCCUACAGGAGAUUUAGCAAGUCGAGGUAUACGCGCCGUUCAGAGUUUGUAACUGAGAAGGGCGCGCGUCCAUAG